ACGGUACAUGCUGCCGCUAGUAGCCAGCAAGGCAGACAACCGAGAAGAUCUAGAUCACCCGAGAUGCGAUACACCCUAGCAAUGAUCCCGAUUGUGGGCCUGCUCCUCGUCGCACUGGUCCACACCGCUCCCGUCGAAGUUGUCUACACGGGCGAGAGCUGCGACUGUCCCACCCAGCUGGGUUACCAGCUGAAUGUGCCCAACACACCGAAGCCAAAGAAGUAUGUGGGUGGCGAGUACGGGUAUCGGGUGGAGAAGCCCGUCCAGACGAAGGCCAAGAUCACCUACAGCUUUGACUUCACUGUGGAGCAGCCCAGGACACCGGCGCCGCCCAAAUACAAUCCCGCCAAGCUGUACGCCAAGGUGGAUCGGGUCACAGUCAACAAAGCGGAUUGCCAGGCCAAGAACAAGUCAACAUGCGGCUGCUCCAGUUGCUCCGGCCAAAAGUCCAGGUACGUAGCUUCACCGAUCAGGUCGCCGAACGCCAUUCGUCGUCGCAGGGAUCUGCGCCAGCCCGGUUCGCUCCUCCGCCGCCGGCUGAUGCGGCAACAACAGAUCCAGGAGCGUCCGGCACGCUUCGUGAAGCUGUAUCACAAGGAUUUGACGCCGGCACAGGAGAAGCAUCAGCUUAAACUCUUCGGUCUGUUUCCCGUGGAAUCGCCAGAGUCAGUGGCUGCCGCACCCAAAACCAAGCGAAAGACGAAGAAAACCCAGUCGAGCUGGAUGGGAUUGGGGCGGCGUUUAAAGAAGCGCGAUAUUAAGGGAGAGUUUGAUUUGCUGGAGCAAGAGCGAUCACAGAUCGAUUUGACGGCACCGGAAAUAAUCCAGUACAUGCCCGAGACUCUGAAUCCGGACUUUAGGCCCGGCCAGUGCCACAUGGGCUGUGGAGCGAUGACAGCGUCCGCACCGCCGCCGGAGGAGCCACUGCCCAAGGAGGAGCAGGAGCAGGUACCUCAAACGCCGCACACGGAACAGCCAGAACUGCUGAACUCGAUACCCGCCAAGAGGGCCGCCUUUGGUUACUAUCCCCUGCAGAUACCCUCGCCACUGGGCCGCCAGGAGGAGUACAAGUACGUGGAUGACUCGCAGCUGAGGAGCCUGCUGUCUACCACUUCGGUGCCGGAUCCGCUGGAAUACAGCACCACACCGCUGCAGUUUGCCGGUGAUUUGGAAUCGGUCACCAGGCGAUCCUAUGGCGCACCACAUGCCAGUCUCGGCGGUGGCUAUCCGGUGGAGCACGUUUCCGACUCCCAGCUGGACAGCAUUAUCUCCGGCAUAGUGUACAAUCAUCCGACCUACGAUCACUAUGCCACAGAGGGCAGUCUGGUCGAUCCGGAGCCCAUACAAAAGCAACAGACCACCGAUUUUCUCAAGAAACUCAUCGACGGCCGGCUGGGCGGCUGGGGUUUCGAUCAGGGAUCUGAAAGUGAGCACAGCUUGCGUAAUGAUUACUCCACACAGCCGGCCAAGACCUAUGGCUACAACAGUCACACCCAAAAUGGCUACAGUAUAGACACCUAUAAUGCGCCACCCAUCACGGAUUACCUGAGGGCCUGGUUCUAGUCCCCCCCCCCAGCUAAUCGAACAUAAAAUACAUAGUUUUUAGAACUUAGUUUACACAA